GCACUGGGGCCGCUUGCCAGGUGCGGUUCUCUGUCCGGGCCCCGCUCCUGGAAGGGGAUCGCGACCUGCAGACCCCCUAGCAGCGCGCUUCGCUGCCUGUGCCCCUGCUUGCACGGCGCUGCCACCUGCCUCCCGCUCUGGCCCCGCUCCGGCCAGCGGCGAGUCCGGGGUCGGCGCGGGUGCUGCUGGAGGCUGGCCCGCUGGGGUCGGCGCACCGGCCCUAGGCGCUCGGGUCCUCCGCCCACAGAGCUGAAUCUUCUUCCCACAUCUGCUGUUGGACCCACUCUUGCCUCGGGCAGCACCUUGGAGACCCCCAAAAGGCAACAACAACAUAUUUGUCAGCUAGAACUAAAUUAGAAGCCCAGAUGAACUUAAGGAUGCUAGCAUGGGAUUCUUAGUUUUUCAAGAUCCACAAACACCAAACCCGUAAUCACCCGAGCGCCAGUGUCCGGGCUUUCUCUGGUUUUGUGAAGACUCAACUCUGAUGAUGGAAAAGCAAAGGACUUAAUUAUUUGCUUUGAUAUUAUUUAAUAUCAACUGAAAAGUGAACCAGACAGUACUACAGCCAUGGAAGGAAAUUCAAGUUUAUGGAAGAACCUAAUCGAUGAACACCCUGUCUGCACCAUCUGGAAGCAGGAGGCUGAAGGAGCCAUCUAUCAUCUAGCCAGUAUUUUAUUUGUAGUAGGUUUCAUGGGUGGCAGUGGAUUCUUCGGGCUCCUUUACGUCUUCAGUUUGCUGGGAUUGGGUUUUCUCUGUUCUGCUGUCUGGGCCUGGGUAGAUGUCUGUGCAGCCGACAUAUUUUCCUGGAAUUUUAUAUUGUUUGUCAUCUGCUUCAUACGGUUUGUUCACAUUGCCUAUCAAGUUCACAGCAUAACCUUUGCCCGAGAAUUUCAGCUGUUGUACAGCUCCCUCUUCCAGCCUCUGGGGACCUCUUUGCCUGACUUCAGAACUAUUGCUAUGAGCUCAGAAGUGGUUACUCUGGAAAAGGAGCACUGUUAUGCCAUGCAGGGGAAAACCUCCAUUGACAAACUCUCCCUGCUUGUCUCAGGAAGGAUCAGAGUGACAGUUGAUGGCGAAUUUCUGCAUUACAUUUUCCCCUUCCAGUUCCUGGAUUCUCCUGAAUGGGACUCACUGAAACCCACAGAGGAAGGCACUUUUCAGGUAACCCUCACAGCAGAAACUGAUUGUCGAUAUGUGUCUUGGAGGAGAAAGAAAUUGUACUUGCUCUUGGCUCAACAUCGUUAUAUCUCCCGCCUGUUUUCGGUUUUAAUUGGCAGUGAUAUUGCAGAUAAACUCUAUGCCUUGAAUGACAGGGUAUACAUAGGAAAAAGAUACCAUUAUGAUAUUCGGUUACCCAACUUCCUUCAAAUGUCAAGUCCUGAAAUGUCCAAGUCAUCCCUGACAGAACAUUUUCAGAAUUCCAGACGAUAUUGUGAUAAAUGAUAUCGAAGUCUCAAGUUUUAUAAUUAUAAAAGACUCUCUUCAUCAUUCCCCAAAUGAAAUAGCAAAAUACAGCAAAUUGAGCUCACUAAUAUUUUUAUAAAUCCAACUCAGAGGCAAGAUGCCAUUGCCAAUUGUUUUAUUCAUCUUAACUUGUACAUUGUGAAUAAAUUUUACAAUUUUU